AAACGGCCAAGACCGGAGGGCGGCCUCACCGGACGGGAACAAAAAGAGAAGCAGAACGACGAUGUCAGAAAGCGGUGGCGUUUUAUCGGCGGCGCCGGAGGAGAACCACCGCAGCCUCCCCGCCUCCAAUUCUACCCCGAGUAAUGUUAAUAAUAACAACAAUUCAAUUCCCCAUGCUCCGCCGCCGACCGACCGGCCGGUUCGCGUCUACGCCGACGGGAUCUACGAUCUUUUCCAUUUCGGCCAUGCCCGCUCCCUGGAGCAGGCCAAGAAAUCGUUCCCAAACACGUACUUGCUGGUGGGAUGUUGCAACGAUGAUACGACGCACAAGUUCAAGGGCAAAACCGUCAUGACAGCAGAGGAGCGUUAUGAAUCUCUACGCCAUUGCAAGUGGGUUGAUGAAGUUAUUCCUGAUGCCCCAUGGGUGAUAAAUCAGGAGUUUCUUGACAAGCACAAAAUUGAUUUUGUGGCCCACGAUGCUCUUCCUUAUGCUGAUACUAGUGGAGCUGGAAAAGAUGUCUAUGAAUUUGUGAAAGCUGUUGGGAGAUUCAAAGAAACACAACGCACUGAUGGGAUUUCGACUUCAGACAUUAUAAUGAGGAUAGUUAAAGAUUAUAACCAAUAUGUCAUGCGCAAUUUGGAUCGUGGAUAUUCGAGGAAGGAAUUAGGUGUCAGCUAUGUAAAGGAAAAACGCCUGAGAGUGAAUAUGAGGCUGAAGAAGUUGCAAGAGAAGGUUAAGGAGCAACAAGAGAAAGUUGGCGAAAAGAUUCAACAGAUACAAACAGUUGCAAAAACUGCGGGUAUGCAUCGAAAUGAGUGGGUUGAAAAUGCCGACCGGUGGGUUGCUGGGUUUCUUGAGAUGUUUGAGGAGGGUUGCCAUAAAAUGGGAACUGCCAUAAGGGAUCAUAUUCAGGAAAGGUUAAGAGGGCAGCAGCAGAGUGGUCUGCUGUCCCAUGGGAGUAAAGACUACGAUGGCGAUGAUGAAGAGGAUGAUGAUGAUGAGUACUAUUACGACGACGAGGAUGAAGACGUAGAGGAUGACGAAGAAUAUUAUGAUGAUGAUGAUGAUGACGACGUGGAGCGCCAUGAAAGUACAGACAUAAAGAAAUAGUCUUCUCUUCAUUGUUAUAUAUUGUACAGCUAGUUUUUUUGUUUUGUUUUGUUUUGUUUUGUUUUGAAUAUAUAUAUGUCUGUAGUGUGGAAUGGAAGCCAAACAAACAUAGCCUCCAAUUACUUUCCAGGUUUCGAACUAACCUUUUUAUGACUGUGUGGCAUAAAGAUUCAACCUGUUUAUGCUUAAGUUAGGAGAAUGGUAGAAAAGAAAGACUUAACAUUUUG